GCCAGUGCUGCAAGAAUUGAUGUCUACCAUUGCCAGUGUUUGGCAGUAUUGAUGAGAAUCUCUUCCAGUGCGGGCAGCAGGCAGUAGCCCGCUGGCGGAGCCGGGGAGGGGGGGCAGCACUCCUCCCUGGCACCAGCGCAGUGCGAGGCGCCCCCGAGGGCUUCUCUUGUCCCGCCCCCCGGGCGGCCGCCUCCUUGUUCCGGAAGCCGGUGCCCGGCUACAGGUGUUGGGAAAUGGCGGCCGGUGACUGCGAUGUGGCGAUGGCUCCGGAGCCGGGCGCGGUGUCCGAGGCCGACGCGGAGAGAGAUGCUGAAUUAUUUAAAGAACAAGGAAAUGCAUUUUAUGCAAAGAAGGACUACAACGAAGCAUACAAUUAUUACACAAAAGCAAUAGAUAUCUGCCCUAAAAAUGCCAGUUACUAUGGCAACCGAGCAGCUACUCUUAUGAUGAUGGGUAAACUCCGGGAGGCCCUUGAAGAUGCACAGCAGGCUGUGAGACUGGAUGACACUUUUGUGAAGGGUCACCUGCGAGAGGGGAAAUGUCAUCUUUCCUUAGGGAAUGCCAUGGCCGCCGGCCGGUGUUUUCAAAAAGUUCUGGAACUAGAAGGUGACAACACUCAGGCACUCGCUGAGCUGAAGAGCGCAGAAGCAGUGUUGGAGUAUGAAAGAGUAGCUGAAAUUGACUUUGAGAAAGGAGAUUUCAGAAAGGUUGUAUAUUGUAUGGAUCGUGCCCUUGAGUUUGCUCCUGUCUGUCACCGCUUCAAAAUCCUUAAAGCCGAAUGUUUGGCAUUACUUGGUCGCUACCCUGAUGCCCAAUCAGUGGCAAGUGAUAUUUUGCGCAUGGAUUCAACUAAUGCAGAUGCUUUGUACGUGAGGGGACUUUGCCUUUACUAUGAGGACUGUAUUGAAAAGGCUGUGCAAUUUUUUAUCCAGGCUUUAAAAAUGGCACCUGAUCACGAAAAGGCUCGACUCGCUUGCAGGAAUGCUAAAGCUUUACGAGCAAAGAAGGAAGAAGGGAACAGGGCUUUUAAAGAAGGAUCUUUUGACAAGGCAUUUGAACUUUACACAGAAGCUCUGAAAAUAGAUCCAAAUAACAUCAAAACUAAUGCUAAAUUGUACUGUAAUCGGGGCACAGUAGGCUCCAAGCUCAAUAAGAUGCAGCAAGCAAUAGAAGACUGCACAAAUGCAAUAAAACUUGAUGACACGUAUAUCAAGGCAUAUAUGAGACGGGCACAGUGUUAUAUGGAUACAGAACAAUAUGAAGAGGCUGUAAGAGAUUAUGAGAAAAUAUACCAGACAGAAAAAACAAAAGAGCAUAAGCAACUUCUUAAGAAUGCUCAGCUUGAACUGAAAAAGAGCAAACGAAAAGAUUAUUACAAAAUUCUUGGUGUUGACAAAACUGCUUCAGAAGAUGAAAUUAAGAAAGCCUACAGGAAGCGGGCACUGAUGCAUCACCCAGAUAGACACAGUGGUGCCAGUCCAGAGGUACAGAAAGAAGAAGAAAAGAAAUUCAAAGAAGUAGGAGAAGCAUUCAGUAUUCUGUCAGAUCCCAAAAAGAAAGCGCGUUAUGACAGCGGUCAGGAUUUGGAUGAUGACGGCAUGAACUCUGGUGAUUUUGACGCUAAUAAUAUUUUCAAGGCAUUUUUUGGUAGCCCGGGUGGCUUUAGUUUUGAAGCGUCUGGUCCUGGGAAUUUUUUCUUCCAGUUUGGCUAAUGCACACCUUUUUGUUCAAUGUGACUGGGUGUAACUCGAGCAAAAAUAAAUGAAUACCCAUGUUUCCCUGUGUUUAAUCUAUUUAGAAGAAAAAUCUUCAAUGUUUCAGUUGAAUACCUCUUGUAUUCAUCUAAUUGUAUGUUCUGUUGAAAAAAAAGCUGUCGUCACAGGAUGUGAAACUGACCUAUUAAUGCUUUGUUUUUAUAAUCAUAUUAAAAAUAAAAAGGAUUACCUCAGUUUUUUUUUGAAGUAUGCAGUCCCUUCCACUAAUGAUCUUCGGUUAGAUAAAUAAAGACUUUGAGCUUUUACAUAGAUGACUAUUUCCUCCAACGUGGAAAAUCAGUUUUUUGUCCAAAGCAGAAAGGGACUUUAUCUCAAUGAAGUAGUGGAUUUUUCUCCCAGGAAUGAUCAACUUCUAAUUGAUUUCUGGAGUGCAUUAUUUUGUCAGCCUCUCUGUGGUCUUCCCAAGUAAUCUGCCUUGUUAGAUAAAUGACCAUUGGAAGUAGAAUGGUUGGGGGAAGAUGGGAAAAUGGUUCAAUUAAAGACCUGUUAGCUUUACAAGUGGACCAGCAGGAAGUAUGCCAUCAUUUCAAGUUUCAUCUAUUUAUGGAGUUAUCAGAACCAGUCCAUUUCAUACCAGUGCAAGUCCUGGAAGUCUUCAAAUGUUCUGUCAUACCUUGUAUUUAACUUAACUGAUCUGUCUGCAUGAUCUUAGCCCAAAACUAUACAAGUGCACAACUAAAAUAAACCUGAAGGGAGACAUGAACUGUCAUUGCAGUCGACCUCCAGUUUAAUAGCUCCAGCCACAUCACAUACACAUCCCAAAAAUGACACAACUGUCACAAAGGUCUUUAGGAUUUCUUUGCAGAGGACAUCACUAAUGUCUUUUGUGCUCACACCAUUAGAUUUGACCUUGUGGUGCUGAAUUCUCUUUGCCUUGGUCAAGUGGCAUCUAUACAUCCUUCUGCCUUUGUCAAACAAAUACCCAGUAACUGCACUCUGAGAAGGGAGUGCAACAGCAGGGCUGCUUUGUUUUUUUAAAUAAAUAUUGCGCCAUGGGAGGCAGGAGACUCAAGGAUCGGGGAGACCUAGAAAUGCAAGUUCAUUUGCCACACUACUUAGUUUCUGUCUGUUAGUUGCAAAGUGGCCAAGCUUGUAAGUCUGCAGAAUAGUAACUGACGUAGAGUCAUACAGCAAGGAAGCAGGCCCUUCAGCCCAUCUGGUCCAUACCGACCAAGAUUCCCAUCUAAGCUAGUCCCAUUUGCUGCCCACAUUUGGCCCAUAUCCCUUUCCGAUCCAUGUACCCGUCCAAGUAUGUGGGCGAUUGAACGAGGUAGGCUUGAGAGGAGGAUAAACUUAAAACUGUACAUUUUAUUUAUAGGCCUAUUUUAUCAUGUGUCUGUAUUCUGCAUCUGAUUAAAAUGUUUUUAUGAGAAUAUUUUGGUGAAGUGGGUAUAGGAAAGAGGAAAAAUAGCUUUAGAGUAAAUGGUCCAUGUCUAUGCAUAUUGCACUGUAGGCUUUUUGCUGAAGUCAUGUCAGAAAAAAAUGAAUUUGAAAUGUUUUAAAAAGAACACCUAGGUAAAUGUUGAUCGUUCAAAAAGCGCAUGUUCAAACCCUGACCACUUCAAACGAAUGGCAGGAAAGGGAUCCCUGUUCAUCAAAUCUCCCUCCCAGACAGUAAUUAGGAAACCUGACAUCUCUUUUGGGCUAUACAUUCAGUAAUUGGUCCUCCAGAUUCUCCUAAAUCAGGUUCAUUCAGUUCAAAAAAGAUUUACGCAUUUUAGUGGAAUUCUGCAGUACUCCAUCUAGCUGACUGCUGGGGUUUAACUUGGUAAAAUGCUAAAUUGCAUGGGAAUGACCCUUGCUUGUUUCAUCAAUUUAAUAGAUUAAUAAAUUGCAGGAUCCAUUUCAAAGUCACUAGUGGCACCUUUUUAGUUAAUAAUAACUAGUUUGAUUUCUUUUGUGUUGGCAUAUCAGCAUUCAUUCCAGGAGUUGGAUUGCACCAUUUGUCUAGACUGAACUUUACAUAAAGCUGACAAUGUCUACAGUGAAGUAGACCAGACAUUACAGUAAAACCUUUCUGUUGAAAUUGGUUAGCAAACUGGUAGAAAACUGUAAUAAAAGUUUGAUUCAACUGUUUGAAAUGGCAAAUAGGUAAGUUACCUAUUCUACUGUUGUUUUAAAAUACAGCUUACAUUUUAAAAAUUAGGCUGGUCUAUAAAUGCAUGGUUCUAAAGAAUGUUUGGAAUGGCUUCAAAACAUUAUUUUUUAAUGUGUUGUUAAGGCAUUGAAAAUGUUCUUCCCAGCCUAAGGAAGCAAGUUGUCCAAGUCUCUUAUUUUUGCCCCUCUUACGGUUUUUAAUGGUUUUAAGUCCAAACUAUCCUUCAUGAAAAUCCUUUACUGCUUGUUGUUUGGGUAAAGUGCUGUUGGCACUUGUAUAUAACUCUUAUCCAGUAACCUGUACCACAGUAACUUAAUUAACACAAACUAGAAGGGAAUAGUAGUGAUAAAUUUGUAGAAGAAAUUGACAGGGCAAAAAUGUAUUAAUGUGCAACUUUGAAUAAAAGCACAUACAGGAUCAAAGGUGGACAUUCUAAAAUUGUCAUAUAAUGUGUAAUUUUUUUUUGCUUAUGAUAAAGGCUACUUUUUUUGAAAAUAUGCUUUAAGAUUCUGAUUAGCGUGAUCUGAAUAAGGGUUUCAUGUCCCAACUAUAAACUGAGGAGCUUUUUUCUUUCUUUGCAUGGAGUUGAGGGUUUCUGGAGACACUUCAAGAGAACAUAACUUGAGAGAAAAUGUUACUGGAUCAUUCUGUUGCACCCAUUGUAAUUCCAUUUUUCUCCCCCUGCUCAUAUCUUUAACAAUCCUUCCAACAGAACAUUAUCCAACAUUCAGGUGUCAGGAUCUCGCUUUUGAACAGUCACAUUAACUGAUUUAAAUACACCCUGGUCUGAUACUUAGAAACUAAAUCUUAAAGAAAUUAAAAGCCAACCAUUUGUUAUAUUGCCACUAAUUUUAAUGUGUGAAACCUAUUUAAUAUCUCAAACACAUAUGUAUGUUUUUGUGUAAGAUUAGAAGUUUCCCCUAUUUUUAAUUCUCGCGUGUUUCCCAAGCAUGCCAAGUAAGUAAUUUUUUUUGUAAGGAUUACAAUUCCCUGGCUAUCGGUGUCCUAGUACUUUCAAACGGUCAUUGUUCAAGAAUGCCAAGUAUCUGCUGACUCUUCAGUCAUCAAGGCUUUAUUAGCCAUCCUGUCUUCUCCGAACAUCCAUCCACUCCCUACAGGGACCACUUAGAUGAUAUUCAUCAUCUCUGGCCACUUUUCUGUCUUCCACUUUCCUUGGAAACAGAAGUAAAUGGUAGUGUCUAAAUUUUUGAUGCUCUACUGGAGAGCACUUCACUCAACAAAGACUGAAUCCAAUCUGAUUCAUUAAGGGAAGGAUUGAGGGGAAAUAUGGCAUUAACUUCGGUUUCAAACUAGAUUACAAAGUUAAAAGAGACCAAGGUUCAAUCCAUUUUCACCACUGUCCUUUCAGAGAAUGGAAUCCUUAAAUACUCCUGUAAACUGAAUAGAAUAUGGAUUCAGAUCAGAGACCUAAGCUUUGCGUGUGUGUUCACUUUUAGUAACUAAGGGAUGAGUGUAAAGGUAACUUUGAGUUUAGAUUUAAAGGCUUUUGCAUGCUGUAAACCUGAAGUAAAAGCAGAAAAUGUGAAACAAAGUUGAAAAUGCACAAGAUAGGUAAACCUUUGAGGUGUCUCAGAACAAUGUGGAGAAAUUACCUAUACCUGAAACAUUGAAGCAAGUUGCUCAUGGAUAUUUUGAAAAUGUUUUGUUCUCUGGCAUUGAAAAUCAUUUGCAAAUUUUGUUUUGCUUCAAGCUUAUUGUUACCAUGGUGACAGAGUCAUACACUCAGAUAAUUUUUGAUUUAUGAAGGUCUAAAUGCUGAUGGACAGGGUUGAUCUUUUUUAUUUUUGUAUGUGUUUUCGCACUGAAAAUUGCCAAAUACAGACUGUCAGACUGCUGUUUUCUAAAGAAAAACUAAUGAAAGGGAAGCAAUUUCCUUUUCAAAAUAAAAUCAGCAGCAAGUUUAGCAUUAAUGUGUUGCUCAGUUUAUUGUUUUCUUUACACUUUAUUCUGGCUUGAAACUUUGGGGAACUGACCUGAGGGAGUUACUGAGUCACAAUGUAUGCAAAAGUUGAGCUGAAUGCAUCAUCAAAGUAACAUUUAAGGGCUUGAUCCAUGAUGCCCCAUCAGUACUGUUAACUUCAGCUUUACUGUGACUUUGUAACGCCUCACACUGAUUAUUUUUCUCGAAUAUUAUCACUCCUUGAGCAUAGACAUUCAAACGUUUAUAGAGUUUGUAAACUUCAUGCUAAAUCUAAGUAAUGUUAUGGUUAAGGGGUCCUGAUGGUAAGACUCCAACUGCACCUCUUGAAGGGUUUUGAAUAUUUUUCCUAUUUUGUGUAAUGUAUUUCUCUAGUGAGCCUUGUGAUGUAUAUUAUGCUGCACAUACUUUGUUCUGAUUGUAUCAUUUCUCAGUGUUUUACUGCUGUACAAUAUGUACACUCUGUACAGUAUUCAUGUACAAAGUGAAAUAAAAAUAAAACAGGA